AUGCCUCCCAAGAAAGAUGCCUCGAAAAAGGCUCCGGCGUUUGUCUCUCAACGGCCACCCUUUGAAUACACAGCAAUUAGACCCGAGGAAUAUGACAGGGUUAUAACACUGACCGUUAAGCUUGUUUCGUGGUCUUAUUUAAAUUUUGUUGUCCGGGUGCCUCUCUCGACAUCUCUAGCGGCAAUAAAGGAUAUGAUACGGCACCAGCACAGAGGUGCUAUCUCUACCACAUGCCUCCUGCCCUCGUCAGGAGGCCCGCGCAUCUCAGACCUUGGUACCCCCGUGUCUGGGCUGACUGACUACGAUCGGCAAUCUAUUAGCAAAUGCUUGAAUAAAGAUAUCAGGCUAUAUAAGGGCUCUCCUCUCACAUUUCCACCCUUGCCAUCGGAUGACCUUCUUACCUUGCAAGACAUUGGGUUUGUUGGGGCUACUCCAGAUGAACCCCAGGUAGAAGCAGACCUCUUUUAUGACUUCACAUCUGCAGUGAUUCUGGGUAAGGGUAAACAGAAGUUUUGA